AUGGAAGAACCAAAUCAGGUGGAGAGUAUAUCAGCAAAAGCAUGGAUUGAGAAUAACUUUGGUAAACAACUCAAUGAUAAAUGGAAGAUUUUGUCUCAACAGGUGUCUAAGGUUAACCCAGGUACUCCAGUUAGAGAUGAGAGGGAACAUGAUUCAGAAGAAACUGGUGACACCUUACUUAACAAAAACUUGGAGAAAGGUUUGGAAGAAGAUAAAUCAGAUGAGAUAGAAGCACAAGUUGAUCAUAAUUGCCAAGAAGAGAAAGAUUUGACUCAGAACAUUGACGAUAUAGCACAGGAGGCAUAUUUAUCUCCUAGAAGUGUACAAAAAUUGAAGCAGGCAACAAAUAAGCAAAAACCUAUCAGAAAUACCAGUGUUCUAGCGGCAGAAGUUUCCACUAGGAGGAAGGAGACAUCAUUAUUCUAUACUAUUGAAAAGUAUAGAAGGAAGUUAGGCUAUCAGAAUUGCAAGGUGAACUGUUCAGGAAAGAUUUGGAUCUUUUGGACAGAUGAAUGUCUUGGUGUAGUUAUCUCUGAAUCAGAACAACAAGUUACUCUGCAACUGACUCACCCAUCCUUGAAUCAAUCAAUGCUGGUGUCACUAGUUUAUGCUAAAUGUGAUAGAGAUGAGAGGGAAGUGUUGUGGGAAUCUAUGGUAGAGUUAGUAAAUCAGCAUGACCUUCCUUGGUUAAUAGAAGGGGAUUUUAAUAUCAUAGUCUUUGAUGAGGAGAAACAAGGUGGUCUUCCAGUCUCAUCCAAUGAGACAUUAGAUUUUUCUAAUUGUAUACAAAGUUGUGGUUUGAUUGAUGUAGGAUUCUCUGGAAGCAAAUUCACCUGGUGGAAUGGGAGGACUGAAGAAGAUUGCAUAUUCAAAAGGUUAGAUAGGAUUUUGGUGAACCAGCAAGUGCUAGACAUCAUGCCAUCCACAAUAGUGACUCAUAUGAUCAGACAUGGUUCUGAUCAUGCACCAUUACAUCUGAAGUAUAACAACAAUGCACAUCAUAUUAUCAAAUCUUUUAAGUUUCUUAACUUCUGGACAAAUCCUCAUACAUUUAUGGAGGUGGUAAAAGAGAACUGGACUGCUGAUUUAUGUGGAAAUCCAUUUUAUAUUGCCACUAUUGAAGAUACUAUAAAAGUGAAGGAGUUGCAGUUUGAAACUAAUGCUUCAAGGGAGAAUAGAAUGCUGCUACAUCAAGCACAGGCUGAAUUAACCAAAUUUUUACACUUGGAGGAAGAGUACUGGAAGCAGAAAGCUGGUAUGAAAUGGUUCAAUGAUGGGGAUAGAAAUACUAAAUUCUUCCAUUCAUAUGUGAGGGGCAGGAGGAAUAAAUUGGCCUUGAAAAGAAUACAAGAUCCAAAUGGUACUUGGUUGGAAAAUGAAGCAGAUAUUGGUUAUGAGGCAAUCAGGUUCUUCGAGUCACAGUUUAGUAAAGAAAACUCAAGAGCUGAUUAUGCAUUCCUGAAAAAUAUACCUAAGCUGAUUACUGAAGAGCAACAAAAGAAUAUGGAGGAGUUGCCAUCCGAAAGUGAAGUAAAGGAAGUUGUGUUAUCACUCAAUGGGGCUAAUAGAUUCACAGGACACUUCUAUCAAAAAUGUUGGGAGAUUAUCAAGAUAGAUGUGGUUCAAAUUGGUAGAGCCUUAUUUUUUGGUUAUGAGAUACCACAAUUUAUCACACAUACUAACCUGGUUUUAUUGCCAAAGAAUGAGGUGAUUAAUAAUUUUAAUGAUAUGAGACCUAUCAGUCUCAGCUCCUUCUCCAAUAAGAUACUGUCAAAAGUGCUACAUAAUAGAUUGGCUAAGGGAAGAAGCAUUGCAGUAUUACUGGCACAAGAGAUCAUCAGAGAUAUCAAUUUGAGAGCUAAACAUGCUAAUGUGGUGAUCAAAUUUUACAUGGCAAAGGCAUAUGAUAGAUCAAGUAGGAGGGUAAAGCAUGGUGAUCCACUUUCCCCUACACUAUUCAUUAUAGUAGCAGAAGCCUUAACAAGGAGUCUGAAUAAGCUGCAUGAGAAGCCAAGGUUCAUAAGCUAUGGAAUGCCAAAAUGGAGUCCUCAAAUCAAUCAUCUAUCAUAUGUUGAUGAUACAAUCCUAUUCUUUUCUGGGGAUGGAUAUUCAUUAAAGAAAAUGAUGAAGAGGUUGAGGAAGCAUGAGAAGGCAUCAGGACAACUGGUCAAUACUGAUAAAAGUUGUUACUAUACUCACCAUAAGCUUGGAUUCAAAGAAAAUAUUGAAGAUCUUGCAGAGCUAGUGAGAAUAAGAUGUGGAAGAAGCUUAUGGAGAAGCUACAUGCUGAACAAAUACUGCAAGAAAUGGCAUCCUACUAUGGCAGUAGAUAGAGGUGGUUCUCACACUUGGAAGAAGAUGAUCACUCCUGAUGCUGCUAGAGAAGAAGAGAUAAAGGUUAGACAGUUUGUGAAGGAUGGUGAAUGGAACAUGGAACUGUUAAUAGUUAGUCUAGAUCAGGAAUUGGCUUAG